AUGUCGGACGUUUUCGUCGCGCUCGUGCGGGUGAAAAAGCGAGAUGGCCGCCUCGAGCUCUCGCCCAAGGGACUGCGCUGGACUGCCGAUGUAGCUCCCGACACGCCAAGCCCUCACGCGCCUAUAGUUGUGCCGUGGAGCACCGUCCAGGGGCAGCAAGUCUCGUCGCUCUCGAGUCCCAAAGCCAUGAUUCGUCUCCGUCUCGCACACAAUGCCACGCUCGUAUUGGAGUUUGUCGCCAAUUGUGGCAACAUGGUGGAAGCGUUUCAAGUGCGGGAACGCGCCAAGGACUUUAUUGCCCAUCGGCUGCGCUCCAAUGGGGCGCGCUCGAAUGCGGCGGCGUUGUGCAGUCCGACCGAGAUCAAGCAACGAGCGGCGCUGCUGGCUGCUAGCCCUACGCUCAAGAGGCAGCACAUGGAGAUGGUGAAUGACGGUCUGAUCUCUGAAGAGGAUUUCUGGGCGAGUCGUCGGCACUUGAUUGCAGGCGAAGCCAGCAAACGGCAGAAGACGGGCAAGACAUCGGCGAUAUUGACGGACUUGGCUGCCGAAAAUGACGCGGGCGGGAACGUGGUCAAGUACAACUUGAACGCAGAAGUUAUUCACCAGAUCUUCGUUCAGUAUCCAGCUGUACACGUGGCGUACCAGGGACAAGUGCCUGAUAAAAUGACGGAAACAGAAUUCUGGGGCGCGUUUUUCAAGUCAAAGUACUUUCAUCGUGAUCGGAAAGCUGGACAUGAAGACAUGUUCACCAAGUAUGAGGAGAAGGAGAAAGAAGAGUCCAAGAAUGUGAGUGUAGACCCUCGUGGUAUUGUGGAUCCCUUGGUUGACCUCACGACGACCGAGGAAGAUGCGGCGGUGCAUCCUGCUAAACGACGGAUAUCUGAGAAGGAAAACCUGUCUGGUAUCACCAUUGCCAAGUUCAAUCGACAUGGUGCUUAUGUGCUUGAUCCAGCGCAUGCAGGAAAACUACAGCAGCAAAGGGCAGGGAGAAGCAAUGCUCAGCAGCCGUUGCCUCAGAAAACGAAGCCCAAAGCAGGUUAUCAUGAUAGUGUGAAGGAGUCAACGCUACUGGACGAUCUACAUGAUCAAGCUCCUCCUCCAUACAACCCGCUUACGUUGGAAGAUGAGUCGCGCUACUUCCAGCAUGCAGAGAAGGAUGCUGCUGGUAAUGGCGAUGCAGCACGUCAGCUUCCUUUAUCCGAUGUGGCAAAGGUGUUUCGAGCGACGUGCAGGGCGCCCAUCAAGCUGGAGAGCGCGUACUCAAGCUCGAAAACAUGCUUUGACGUGCUGGCCGAGGUUGUUGCGUGCUCGGACUCGACAAGCGCUUCAGCUUCAGCCUCUUCAGCGGCAAACCUCGCAAGCGGUAAGUUGGCCGCUGAGUACAUCCCGAACGAGUUCAAGAAGCAGGUGUACACCCAGUUUCACGACGUGUGCGAGCUGCUACGUCACUUUCUGUCUUUCAAGACCAAAGUGGCCGCAGGGGGCGGCCCCGAAGCGCAACGCAAGCUGAACAAGAUUGUGGAAAAGAUGGGCUCGAAGUACGACGAGCUCGUGAAGCUGCGCGAGUCGUUGCCGCCCCACGAGAAGAACCUUCUGGCUCCAUUGCUCAAACCUUUCGACGACCAGCUCAACUUGGCAUUUAUUUAA